AUGACCGCCAUAUCCGAUGACUCAAGCACCACAAAUUUACCGCAGGAACUCAUAGACGCCAUAAUCUUUGCACUGUACUCGUCACCAGACGAGGACUCACCGGUUCGGCAGCGCACACUAAGAGCUUGCGCCAUAGCGCAUAGCUCUCUUCUCCAACGCUGCCAACAGUACCUAUUCCGGGAUAUUACGCUUAUAGUACCCUCUCACCGCGUUGUCGACGCGCCGACCUGGACGCCGACCCAGAAACUUCGCGACGUCCUCACGCGCUCUCCUCACCUAGCGGACUAUGUCCGGGUCCUCCGUAUCGAAGAGCGCUUGACGCCGGUCAAGAAAUUGCACGGAGAGAUAGAGUGGGGAGAGCCGUAUGGCGCCGCGCGAGAGACUGGACUCGUCCCAUUGCUACAUAUCUUGCCGGAGUUGGAGCAUCUCGCGUUUACCGGUCACAUGCGGGACCGCGUACUUCCCACUGCGCUCGGUCAGGCGUUCGCUAUACCGCCCGCGCUUCAUACCCUCGAGCUAGCAGUGGUUUCUGCGCCGCUUCUUCUCCUUCAAGAGAUGCGGCUCCUGCAAAACCUGCAGACGCGAUCCGUGCGAUGGCUGACACCUGAAAUCAGCGCGACCUCCCACCCGCAUGAACGUCCUACGAUACGCGAGCUGGAGCUACAUCAGUCGACCCUUCCUCGUUGGCCUUCGAUCCCUGUCGGAGGCGAUGCGGAGUCCCCUAUCGACUUGAGCGCCUUGUGUGGCUUCAGCGUCACGAUGGGCAUCGAUAUGUCUCCUGCUGUACAUCACCUAAUCAGAACGUGUCGGGCCACCUUGACUAAGCUCGAAGUUUGGCCUACGGAUUCCCCGACCUUACCGGUCAGAGAUCUCAGCCCAAUGCCCGUCCUGCCGCUAGGGGAGCUAUCGAUUCUCGAAGAGCUGGUCAUCCGCUCGCCUACCGGUGUAACCGCUGCCAACACCCGCAGUAUGUGGAACUGGGUCUUGGGCUCGCUCUCUGAGCUCCAGGCGAGAAACUCGCCGACGACAAUCGUCCUCACAAUCGACAUCUCCUAUCAUAGCUCGCACGCACUAGGAACGAUGCACUUCACCGAACUAGAUUGCGCUCUCUCUCGGAUUUCCUCCCAGCUUCGCUCAUUCACGCUGCGCAUCAAUCGGAGCACGCUCCUGCGCUGGAUAACGAAGGACGACUUUAGAACGCGCUUGGAGGAAUGCUUUCCGCUAGUGGCCCCUCUGGGCAUCCUUUUUUUGGACGUGCCGGACCCACAAUAG